AUGGAUGACGAUGACUUUGACGAUAUUCCUGACGAGGAUUUGAUGUUGGCCUUUACCCAGGCCACCAGCAACAUCACAUCACAUCACCCCAGCAACAGCAAGCAGCUUGCUUCGUCGGCAAAACCACCAGCACAAGCGUGGCCAAUAUCCGAUUCUGCCAGACGAAUCGUUAUCCCAACCGUAUCGCAGGGUCAGGCUACAGCUACAGGGCGUGCCAAAACAGCAAGCAAGCCGACCACGUCAGCAACAACGUCUCGUCCAUCCCCAGCUCAGUCUAGCCAGCGUAAGAAUUUGCGUCAGACGACAUUAUGGGGUGGCACGCUGGAGGAGGAUGCGCAACCCGCCCCGCAAGCGGUGUCGAAUCGACCAUUUCGUGCCGAUAUGCCCCCAGAGCAGCCCACUCACCAUGAGAUUGACAUAGAAGAAAUGAAAACAUGGGUUUAUCCGAUGAAUCUGGGACCUAUUCGAGACUACCAGUUCAGCAUUGUCAAAAAUGGCCUCUUCAACAACACAUUGGUCGCCCUCCCCACGGGCUUGGGAAAGACAUUUAUUGCUGCGACAAUCAUGCUAAACUACAUCCGCUGGACAAAAACCGCAAAGGCUGUCUUUGUUGCUCCUACGAAACCCCUGGCUUCACAACAAGUUCAAGCAUGUCUCAGCAUAGCGGGCAUCCCGCGAUCUCAGGCGACUCUCCUAACCGGAGAGACUCCUCCUGUUCUACGUGAGGACGAAUGGGCGACAAAGCGCCUGUUCUUCAUGACACCCCAAACACUAAUGAAUGACCUUUCCAAAGGCUAUGCCGAUCCCAAGUCCAUUGUACUGCUGGUUAUUGACGAGGCGCAUCGUGCGACUGGAGACUAUGCAUACGUUAAGGUGGUCGAGUUUCUAAGGCGUUUCUCCAAGAGCUUCCGAAUUCUUGCUCUGACUGCUACACCAGGAUCGUCUCUCGAAGGUGUUCAGGACGUCAUUGAUAAUUUGGGCAUUUCUCACGUCGAGAUCAGAACCGAAGAGUCGAUCGACAUUCGUCAAUAUGUGCACUCAAGAGACAUCAACACGAUAACAUUUGACCCCUCUGACGAAAUGAUGGAAGUCAGAGACUUGUUCUCCAAGGCCCUGAAGCCCCUUGUGACCAAGCUGAGUUCACAAAAUAUAUACUACGGCAGGGACCCCAUGAGCCUGACUACCUACGGCCUGAUGAAAGCCAGGAAUGACUGGAUGGCAGGUCCGGGUAGGCACGUAAACCAAGGAACCAAAUUCAGUGUCAUAGCCACAUUUGCGAUUCUCCAGAGUUUGGCGCAUUCCAUCAAACUACUCAACUUCCAUGGAAUCAAACCGUUCUACAAUAAUCUGGCCGAAUUCCGCACCACCGAGGAGGAGAAAGGAGGAAAAGGGUCAAAGCUCAAGCGGCAAGUCUUGGAGGAUGAGAACUUUCAGAAGAUGAUGGACAUGAUUGAGGGUUGGAUGAAGAUUGAUGGGUUCCUCGGACACCCCAAGCUGGAAUAUCUUUGUGAGACCCUGGUCAACCACUUCAUGGAUGCUGGCGAGGGCUCCAAUACCAGAGCCAUUGUAUUCAGUGAAUACCGAGACAGUGCCGAAGAGAUUGUGCGCAUUCUCAACAAGCAACCCCUUAUCAAGGCCACAGUCUUCGUUGGACAAGCGGACUCGAAGAGGAGCGAGGGCAUGAAACAGAAACAACAAAUUGAGACGAUCGAGAAGUUCAAGAACGGCGCUCACAACGUUCUGGUCGCAACAUCCAUUGGCGAGGAGGGUCUUGAUAUUGGCCAAGUGGAUCUCAUUGUCUGCUACGAUGCAUCAGCGUCACCGAUCCGAAUGCUUCAGCGUAUGGGUCGUACCGGCCGCAAGAGAGCGGGUAACAUUGUACUUUUGUUGAUGAAAGGGAAAGAGGAAGACAAAUUCAACGAGGCGAAGGACAACUACGCGACCAUGCAGAGAAUGAUAUGCGAGGGCAGCCGCUUUACCUUUCGUCACGACCUUUCUUCACGUAUUGUGCCACGAGACAUACGACCUGAGGUGGAAAAGAAGGUUGUGGAGAUUCCACUUGAGAACUCCCAAAAUCCAGAGCUCCCAGAACCAAAAAGAUCUGCCGCAAGAAUGAGGACAAAGCCGGCAAAGAAGAAGUUCAACAUGCCUGACGGUGUUGAAACAGGGUUCAUCAAGGCUUCUUUCUUUGGUCAAGCUGGAGCUAAGACAGCCAAACCACCCGCUAGGCCACCUGCGCCUAAGGAAACUGACUUUAUUGCCGAACGGCCCAAAAACGAAAGCGUUUUGCUGAGCACGUCGCAGGAAAACGAGCUCCGCAGAAACUAUACAAAGAUACCCCUCGGACACUCGAAGGUUGAAGAGUUGGAUAUAGACUGGUAUCGCCAUCCAACAUCCAGACGAGUGGUCCAGAAAACCAUCCAUGUCAAACACGGGGAAUAUACCAAGCGAUGUGUGAAACUGUUUAGGAGACUGGCAAAGUCUCAAGCUCCUGCGAAUAGGUAUACUAAGCCAUACGGUGAAACAGACACGUCCUCCUGGGAAUUGAUACCAUUGCCGCCCUUUGCGGACGAAACAGAAGGAGAAACGUCACGAAAGGGGCAAAAGAAGAGGCCGCGCCUCGAGAGUGGGCAGGAAGCAGAGGAAGCAGAGCAAUAUGCCGCACCUAAGAAACGUCAAGCGACAGCAAAAGCCAAAUCUACCGGGGUCUCCAAACAGACCAACAAGCCUCGAGCACGACAUACCGCACUUAUCAGCGACUGUGAAGAGGGUGGCAACGAAUAUGAUGGCAAUGUCGACGAUGACGAACAAAGUAGGCCCCGAAACUUCCGCAGCAAGGGUCGUGGACGUGGCAGCGGGCGGGGAAAAAAAUCUCAACCUAAACAAGGAGACCCCAACGUGGACUACGGUGACGACUGCACCCGCACCAGCGACAUGGAAAUGGGUACCGAUGGCUCUGAUGACGGUGCCGACCUCGAGGACUUUAUCGUCAGCGAUGGUGAAGUCACCUCGAGUUUACAGCAUCGUCCCCGCGGGUCCACCUCGCCGACAACAGCUCCUGACGCAGGGUCGUCUUCCUUGUCCUCGAAAACGGGACGCAAGCAGCAAAUACCAGAUUCCUUCGCGUCGGAUGAAGAUGAUGGCGAUGUGUUUGGAUCCAGAUUUGUACCGGUAACCGCGUCGGCAGCUAAAGGCUCGUUGCCAUCAACAGCGAGACGAGAGAAGCCCAAGCCGUUUUAUGUGCCGGUAGAAUUACCCGCAACCCAGGACACAACGGACGGAGACGACGACUUACCCGAUAUCGAAUUUCUGUCUGCUAAGAGAAAGAGGGAAGGCACAGGUACGGGGAUGCGAACGGGGAGCCCAGGACAUGCUAAAGUUGGCGACACCUCGAAAGGGGGCGGCGGCGGAGAUCAAACUCGAGAGAAACCUUCUGGUGGUGCGGCGUCCCAUGCCCGAGCGAGGAAGCGAACUGUGGUGAUGGAUAGUGAUGAUGACCAGGAAUGA